AUGGAUCGUCUCACCUCGCCCUUCGAAGAUGACUCCCCACACCGCUACCUCAUCGCUUUGGCGAUCGUCCCAGUUCUGCUAUUCGCCCUCUACCAGUACCUCCUCCCCAAACCCAUCCCCGGCAUAGCCUACAAUCCCUCCGCUGCAAAAUCCCUCCUCGGUGACGUCUCCGAGAUGAUAGCAGAACCAAACGGGCGAGUUCCGCGUCUGGUGCGCCAAGCAAGUCCGCAAGAUGAACUCCCCCAUCUGCCAAUCUUCAUCAAACCCUUCUCCCAACCCUGGGUGUUGCUCUCCGACUUUCGCGAGUCGCGCGAUAUCCUCACGCGGCGUCACAAGGAGUUUGACAAGUCAAGCUUUUUAUCGGAUGGCAUGGCCUGCAUGGGCGCGCUCCACGGUAUUUACAUGACCGAUCACAAGUUCAGGGCGAACAGGCAGCUGAUUCAUGAUUUGAUGACGAGCACGUUUCUGAAUGGGCACGUCGGGCCGGCGAUUUACAACAAGGGGUCGGAGCUGAUGAGGUUGUUUGAGAUGAAGGUGAGACUGGCGAGGGGGAGGCCAUUCAGUGUAAAGAAGGACUUUGAGUAUGCCUCGCUGGAUUGCAUGUUGGAGUUUGCGUUUGGGAGGAACUGGGUUGAUACGGCUGUUGGGGAGCAGGUCAAGGUAGUGGGAGGGUUGACGGAGGAUAGCCUGGUUAUUCCGGUGUCGGUUGAUGAGCCGGUCGACUUUCCGCUCGGUGAGAUUUCGGUGUAUGAGGCGCCGGAGAUUGUGGAGAAGACGAUCAAUGCGAUCAUGCCGAAGCUACAGACAUGGUGGUGGUCGCAGCAGGGUUGGUACAAAAAGAUCUUUGAUGACAAGGAAAAGGCGAUGAAGGCCCAGGGCAAGAUAGAAACGGGUGUGGAGCAUAUGCUGAUGCGAGAAGCUGCUCGGGCAGAAAAGGAGGGAAGAGAACCUGAUUUUGAGAGCCAGGUUUUCAGAGAUGAGCUAUUUGGAGAUAUUGUGGGAGGUCACCACACCACGUCUGGUGCCAUGAUGUGGCUUACAAAGUAUCUCACCGAUGACCCCACGAUUCAGUCCAAGCUGAGAUCUGUUUUGCACUCAACACUAUCUGCGGCUCACCAAAAAGGCAGGCUGUUUACCUUUGAAGAGAUCCGCCACGCCAAACUGCCCUACUUAGAUGCCAUCAUUGAAGAAAUGCUUCGCAUCAAUGCCGUGCCAGUUACCCGUGAAGCCGUGGUUGACACUACCGUUUUGGGGUGUCCGAUCAAGAAGGGAACGCAGGUCUUCUUUAUGUCGAACGGCCCAGGCUUUUUGUCGCCUUCUUUCCCGGUGGAUGAAGCAAAGCGAAGCGAUACAUCCAGGUUGUCUAAACGGGCCAACGACUCUUGGGAUGAGAGGCAGGACCUGGCAAGAUUCGAUCCCGAGCGUUGGCUGGUGAGGAAGACAGAUGGAACAGGUGUCACGGCUGAUGGUGUCGACUUUGAUGGCGCAGCCGGGCCUCAGCUGCUGUUUGGUCUUGGGCCUAGAACAUGCUGGGGCAGGAGGUUGGCGCACAUGGAGAUGAAGGUGAUCAUUGCCAUGUUGGUGUGGACGUUUCAAUUGGAGAGAACACCACCAGAGCUCUCUGGAUAUGGUGGCUUGGAGGGUAUUGCUCGUGUUCCCAAGAAAUGUUAUGUUAGGUUAGUGAAGCUGUAGACGCAGUUGGGUAUAAAGAAAUAUAGGGGAACCAUUUCACUGGCUCGCA